ACCCCACCUGUGCACUUGCACUCCACCCCUGCACCUUUCGUGAAAAUAACCACACAUACUAGAGCACCCAACAGUCUUUCUUUUCUUUUUUUCUUUUUUUUGCCAGCAUCAGAAACACCACUGCUGUCACGCUCUUUUCCCUGUGCAGGGCCCAUUCCAGACACACCUUCUACCAUCCUUUCUGCACCCUAUACCAACAUGGACUCAAUGCGAAGCCUCAACACGUCGCUCCCGCGAGCGACCAAACCGAAGCCAACCCCGCCCCCAGACCUAUCGCAGACAUUCCGAAUGGCCGCUUUAGCCGUAACCAACCUCUACAAGGCAGCGGUGGCGGAUUCGGAAAACACGCAUGCUGAGGGAUAUCAGCAAGCGCUGGAUGACCUGCUUGGCUUUCUUGAUAAGGAGAACUUGGGUGUGGGUGAUGGUGAGGGCUGGCGGAUACGGCAGUGGGUCACGGAGCGUCAGGACAAAGUUUUUACCGGUCCGGCCACCAGCGACAGCGAUGAGGACGUUGCAGAAGAGAAACGCGCCCGCAGCUCCUCCCCGGUAUUGGGUCGAAACUCCAGCCUAGAGGACGUCCACACAUCGGAGCCGCCGCAUGUGGAGGCUCCCCAGCGUUCAGACUCUGCACCCCCGCCCAUACACACCGAACCCCCCGCAACUGAUGUCGACAUGGCGCCUCCGGCCAUAUUCCAAUUCUCGUCACCGCAUGUCCACCCUGCCAAUGGCGCCAACGACUCUGCUGGUCCCGACUUGUCUGCGGCCGCCCGUCGCGCUUUCGCCACCCCACGCCGCACCUCAAUUCGCUCGUCAUCGCGCAAUCUCCAGCGGUCAGCAGCCUCAAAUCUACUCUCCUUGGGAAACGGCGCGGGCCAGAAGCGAAAGUUGAUGAGCGAAUUUUUCAAUAUCGACAACUUCAGCGAUCGACGCGAUGGGAAUGGUGGAGGAAAGCGGGGGCGCAUGCUGUGACACAUGGUUGCUCUACAGAAACGACGGUCCUGAUACGGCUUUUCACACGACAGAGCGAGCGACAGUGCAUUCUAGGGAAUCGGGCGGACAUUCUUCAGCAUUUGACGGAGCCAGCAUGUUUACGGGGUGCAUAAACAGGAGUUCAUUUCUUCGAGGAGGAAGAUACCAUACACGGUCCAAUGCAUCAGUCGGGGCUUUACUACUGUAGACUUGUAUUAGCAUCUCUCGG